UCAAUGUUGGAGAAGGAAAUCGAUGAUUUAAUCUUCGGUAAGAAAACCAAGAAAAUGAAAGUGGACGAAGAGGCCAUGAAAUAUUUGAAGUACAUGGUAAGAAAAUGUCCGAUAGAACUGGAAGAGGAUAAGAAAGAGAUGAUAGAGCUGCAGAACUGUAUUACCAAGGAUUACAGGAACGGUUAUAGAACGAGAAGUAAAUCAGUUGACGAUGUGCAGAAGGAUAAACAGAUGGUCCAUGGCAAGUAUACGUACAAAGAUGGGCAAGUAAACAUUGAUAAGGUUAUCAAUACCAAAAGUAAUGUUUCAAUCGAUCCUGUUUUAGAAUCAUUUCGUGGCGAUAACGUGUUUGUGCGUGCUAUUUCUAGUCCGUGCAAUAAGAAUAGGACCGUUGCUGCGCCACUUUCUCCUGUGGUUAAGAUCCUCAACAGUAUUUUCAUGAUUUUGAACAGGAAACAAAACCAAAGCGCUGCGAGAUACGAUUUGAUAGAUGAAGAACUGCUUAAACUGAGAAGAGAGGUAAAAAACAUGAAAAAAGAGGAAGAGAUGAAACUGUUACACAUCAUAAACAUGGUAAAAGAGCAUGCACUGGAGAGUCUAGACUAUGUGUUGGUUGAGAUUAUGAAGAAGGAUGUAGAUGUGAGCAGAAGUGUUGUGGUAAUGGCAUGUGAGCUGUUGGUGGAGAGAAUUAACAAUAGAUUUGGUGAUAACGCCCGUGCACGAGAGAUAAACAGCACAGUUAGCGGUAAGAAGAAAUUACAGGAUAAGAAAUUAGCGAGUGGAGAGGAAGAGCCACACCCGCACGCGGUACAUAACAAUGAAACGAAUGUUUUGCGUUACAAUGAAAUUAUCGACCUGCUGAUUAACAAUUUUGAUUCUUUUAUGGCCAUCAAGCACCACAAUCUUAGUAUUCCUACGUACAUCGUGGUGGCGACUCAACGUGACAGGGAAGUGCUCGUUGAUAAAAGAGUCAUCAGAGAAUGCAAAAAGAAUCUGAAAUUGAAGAUUGCACGGACAUUUUAUCUCAAAUAUUUGCUAUACUUUGAUAAAUGCGACAUUGCAAUUUUCAGGUAUUGUCUGAGUGAUGAUGAGAUGGUGAUCAUGAGGCGGCAUGGCGGUUUAAGGAAAGUGUUCAGAAAUUUUUAUUACAAAACGGUUAAGAAGAAGGAGUGGAAACGAUUAUGGGAAUUUCAUAGCAAAGCAAGCAAUUAUGAAUGCGAAAGGGAUGACGGGGUGUAUAAUAGUUUGGGACAUGGCUUAAACGAUGGAAUGAAAGUGAAUGGAAGAAAAAGAGGGGUUAAAGGUACUGAUGAAUGUGAUAGCUCGGUAGGCAGUCUUGAUGACCUUAUAUGCUUGAACUGUAACCAUAACAAACCAUCACUUCUGCUCACUCUCAAAGAACGGAUUGCGAUUGUAAAUUUUAUAACCAAAAAAUGUAAAGUUGACAUGAUAGUGAUAAAUUUGCUGAGUAUAUUCCAUUACAAAAGGUUGAGAGAGCUGUGCUUGGAGUGCGUAAGCAAUGAUGUUGUGUUUAAUAUGCAAAUAUUUCAUUUUCUUAGAAAAAAGAAUGAGCACAACUUCUACGUGUUCUUUCUUUCCAACCAGAACGAGAUUAACUUGAGAAAUAGAGAAGAAUUGAUGAGUUUUUGCCAUUUUUUUAUGAAAUGGCGAAUAGAGAGAUGGAUAAGUGUCAGUUACAAAUAUUUCUAUGUUUAUUUGGACAACAAGAACGUGAUAGACACUUUCAUACGGCUGGUUGAAAUGUCACUAAACAGAAAAAUCGCAGUUUCUGAGUGUUUUUUGAACAAGCGCACAAAUGUGAACAACUCUAAAGAUGGAUUGGAACAUUUGCACGGUAUCGUUCGUUACGACGAGGAUAAAAUUGUAGCAUGGCUUAGUUUGGAGAAAAUGCGUGAUAAAAACAACGUAGAAUUUUACAACAAGCUGUUAUAUCUCAUGCGAUUGAUCAAGAUAAAGCACAUUCCAUUUUUGGAUGUAUUUGCCCAAUAUGAACCAUAUGUGCUCAACACAGGAUGUUUUGUGAGUUACGACAAGCUUUUAAAGAGAUAUUUGACAACCAAAGCCAAUUCUGUCAAGAGAAUGUUAAUUGCAAGCGGAGAUUUGAGAGCAAAAGACUUUUUUGACGAACUUGUUAGGGAUUUAGAACGGUAUUGCACCAUUAAAAAGGCUGGCGAUUUGCGCGGUAACCAUGAGGAUGUAUCAGAGGAGGAGAAGCGGGAAAAUGAAUCAAAUAUUGGAGAAGAUUUUGAUAAUAAGGGCGUAGUUGAUAAGAACGUCAAAUCUAGUACGGAGUCUGGCCACGACUCACAUUUUCAUGUUCAAGACAGUAAAGAAAACUAUGAAUUGCCGAAAAUGCAAAAAAUAUCGCCGGAUUAUCUCGAGUACAAGAGGAAAAAAACACAAACGUUGCUGAUGACUUGGUUAUAUGCUUUUCCCAGCGAGCACAUUCUUUUUCAAUCGCAUAUCGAUGGUUUGAUAAAGGAUGAUAUGCUUGUGGAGUGGCUUGAACGGUUUUUUGUAAAAGAGAUCGUUAUUAAGUACAUGAAAUACUUCAUGAGCAAGCCACAUCUCUAUUUAAACGUGCUUAUAAAGGCAACGAAACAUAAACUGGUGCUUCCCAGCGACUCGGUUCCAAUCAUCAUAAAACACUUUAAAGCACCGUGGUUCAUUGCCAUGUAUGAAGACAUUUUGCUUGAUUUGAAUUUUGAAAUCGAGAGUAAAAUGUUACUGUUGUUCUAUAAGUUCUUCAGCAACAGAUCGGCGCUCAUCGGUAACUUUGCUCGUAGGAUAGAUCGUAACCACCUCUUCAUUUUAGAUGAGCUAAAAUUGUUGACAUGCAGAAAGUUGGUGGUUAAAUGUCUUAACGAGAUAAUGUAUGAUUGUGAAGCGGAGCUUUUUGAGGUAAUAGAUGGAUUCAUUGAUGAGAUUAAGUUGAAUUGA